UCACUUUUUGUUGGUGACUUGGAUAAAUCUCUGAGUGAGCUCGACCUUAAAAAUGUUUUCAAUAAGUAUCCUGGUCUUCUUUCGGUCAAGAUACCAGCGGACUGUCAAACCGGAGACUCGUUAGGUUAUGGAUACGUCAACUACACCACUGAGGAUCAAGCAAAUCUCGCCAUGGAAUCUCUCAAUUAUACUACGAUCGGUUCCUCAGAAAUCAGAAUCAUGCCAUCUUUAAGAGAUAAAAGUCAGAGAGAACGCAUAGGCGCCAAUGUCUUUCUUUCCAAUCUCUCAUCAAAUCUCACUACCAGACAACUUUAUGAUAGGUUCAGAAAGCAUGGAAACGUUUUGUCGUGUAAGUACGAUCCAUCCAAACAGCAAGCAUUCAUACACUUCGAAUCUAAGGAGGUGGCAUAUGAAGUCGUCAAGAGUUAUAAUCAU